GUUCGGCAAGAAUUGUUUAUGUUACUACUUUGGUGAACAAGGGAUUUGUAGUUGUCACCGCUGGACAAAUGAAGUUGAUCGGUGCGUAGAAAACAUUAACUUUCAAAUUUGAAAUACUUUGUAUUCUCUAACUGGAUGGAAACCACUGGGUGCCAGUUUGUAAUAUGCAAUAUGUGGUCAUUCAUCAACUCAAACAGAAUACAAAUUAAAUGUGUAGUGUUUAAGCAUUUGGUAGUCUCAAAUACAUUGUCUGGGCAUUAGUGUUUUUAAAGUUGAUCAUUUUAGGUUUAUCGUUUUUUCAUACAUCUCCAUUUAGCCUAAUACGCAUGGAAGCACUUUAAUUGUGGAACGUCUAAAAUGGUGUGGCACAAGGUGAGGCUUCUGUAAAAUAUUUAUGUCAGCUCGAAGUCAAGAACAGUCCAUAGAAAGUCCAUAGAAAUGUGUUUCUUUCUUGUCUUCUUCAAAGUUCUCUCCAUGAGAUUCCAGUCCUCCGCGCGCACUUGAUCUCGGCGGGAGGAAGCGGACCAAAAGGAAGAUGGCCAUCCACGCCGAGGGUCUCGUGGCUAUCGUGAUCUUCUACCUUCUGAUUCUGGUUGUGGGGAUCUGGGCCGCGUGGAAGAACAAGAACUCCGGUGUAAGCGAGAGCGGAGAUCGGAGCGAGAGCAUCAUGGUCGGGGGAAGGGACAUCGGAUUGUUCGUUGGUGGAUUCACAAUGACCGCCACUUGGGUGGGUGGGGGUUACAUCAACGGGACAGCAGAGUAUGUCUACCUGCCAGACUACGGCCUGGCUUGGGCACAGGCACCCUUUGGUUACGCUCUCAGCCUGGUAGUAGGUGGCCUUUUCUUUGCCAAGCCCAUGCGUUCACGUGGAUACGUCACCAUGCUGGAUCCCUUUCAGCAGCUGUAUGGAAAAAGGAUGGGCGGCCUGCUCUUCAUCCCCGCACUCAUGGGAGAAAUCUUCUGGUCUGCAGCCAUUUUAUCUGCCCUGGGUGCCACUCUGAGUGUGAUCGUGGACAUCAACAUCAACAUGUCAGUGGUGAUCUCAGCCCUGAUAGCUAUCUUCUACACACUUGUUGGAGGACUCUACUCUGUUGCAUACACAGAUGUGGUCCAGCUCUUCUGUAUCUUUUUGGGCUUGUGGAUCAGCGUGCCUUUUGCCCUGUCCAAUCCUGCGGUGUCGGACAUCAGUGUUACAGCCAAGGAAGUAAUCUACCAGUCACCCUGGCUGGGGAAGAUUGUGCCUGAAGACAAAUGGCUCUGGGCGGACAACUUCUGUUUGCUGAUGUUGGGGGGGAUUCCCUGGCAGGUCUAUUUUCAACGGGUUCUUUCUGCCUCUUCAGCUACCUACGCCCAGGUCCUUUCCUUCCUCGCCGCCUUCGGUUGCCUGGUCAUGGCCGUACCCUCUGUCCUCAUAGGAGCUAUAGGGGCCUCCACUGACUGGAACCAGACUACUUAUGGGUCCAUCCCUCCGAAGGAUAAGGAUCAGUCAGACAUGAUCCUUCCCAUAGUGCUUCAGCACCUCUGCCCGCCCUACGUCUCCUUCUUUGGUCUGGGGGCGGUGUCGGCUGCGGUCAUGUCAUCAGCAGACUCAUCCAUUCUCUCAGCCAGCUCCAUGUUUGCCAGGAACAUCUAUCAGCUCGCCUUUCGGCAGUCGGCCUCAGAUACUGAGAUUGUUUGGGUGAUGCGCUUCACCAUCUUUGUAUUUGGAGCGCUUGCCACUGCUAUGGCUUUGUUAACAGGAUCUGUGUAUGGCCUGUGGUACCUGAGCUCCGACUUGGUCUAUGUCAUCAUCUUUCCCCAACUUAUCAGUGUGUUAUUCGUCAAGGGCACCAACACCUAUGGCUCUGUGGCUGGCUAUAUAUUUGGUCUUUUGCUGCGCAUUGGUGGAGGGGAGCCCUACCUCAAACUCCCUCCUUUCAUCUACUACCCUGGAUGGGUGAACCAGGAGAGGAUCCACCAUGUCACUGGGGAAGUAGAGCACUUUAUCCAGCAGAGGUUCCCCUUCAAGACUAUGUCCAUGCUGGCAUCCUUCUUGGCAAAUGUGGUCUUUUCUUACCUGACAAAGUACCUAUUUGAAAGCGGUAUGUGGUCACACAAGUACGACUUCCUGGACGCCGUGGUGUCCAAGCAUAGCAAGGAGAUCAUGGACAAAGCCACGCUGGUGAGCAACCAAGAUAACAUCAUUCUUUCCGAGAUGGCGCCGGUCAAGCAGGCCCUGGGCGCGUCACUCGCUGGGACAUUCAUCAACACUGAGGUCCUCAGUGAUGAUGGGCCGUCCAGUCCAGAGGCUUUACUCAAUGAAAACUAGGCAACAAAGGCACAAAGAAAACUAAACCAAGGAAUUUGAAGACGAAGGAAUAAUCCAAGAGGCAUCGACAUUCUUCAGGAAACUUGCUACUGCCGCACCGGAAGCCAAAUCAACAGAAAUCUGCUGUGGCUUCCGAGUGACUCCACAAGUUUGUUUUAUGCUGAUUAUAUGGUGCCUCCUUCUUUUUUAAGAUUCCAGGACGUUGAUUGUCAAUCAGCUGUGUCAAGCAUACCAUACUCAUGCUUUUUUUUAAAUCGUGAUUCUGUGAAUCUAUUUUAAUUUAAGUGCUACGACAGUGAUCAGAAGGACUUUCAGGGGAAAACAAAGAGUGAAUGCAGUGGACAUUGACGUCUACAACGGUUUGCUGGGGGUAAUGAGAAUAGUGCAAUAUCUAACCAAGGAGUUGUGUCCCUGUCAUGCGUGUCCAUGUAAUAGCAGUGUGUGUGUGUGUGUGUGUGUGUGUGUGUGUGUGUGUGUGUGUGUGUGUGUGUGUGUGUGUUGAUGAACAUGCACAUGUGUACACAUUCAACAAAGCAGUGAAUGCUCCAGAACCUUUUCAGGCUUUGAGUUGUAAGUUUGCGUAAAGUAAAUGUAUUAAUAGAGCAAUAAUAUUUGUAGGAUCUAUGUUGUAUAGAUACGUAGAUACAUUGAACUGAAUUUGCAAGUUACUGUCAUUGAUUUUUUGAUUUUUUUGCUAAUUUUGUUUCAUGCUCACCUUGCUCUUAAAUUUCCUCUCAUAAUCGCUAAUCCCAGAUACAGUACGUGUUGAAUUAAGAACCACAUGCCGUCAUAUUACUUAACCCUUGACUCGCCAAACAGAAGGUUGAUAUUGGAUGAUUCUGCAGACUACGUUCAGUCUUUAAAAAAUGUAUUUAUGUUUGAAAUCCAACAAUAUCCCCAUGUUGCAACGACAAAAUGGCUGCGGUAUAAUCAAGUCCAAUAUUCACUCUCCUUUUAGCUCUGUUUUGGUCUCCACUAACUCCUGAGUUAAAUAUGUGGCUCCUUAGCUGCUAAAUACUCCACUAUGUUCACCAGCUAGUCGCUUACUAUGACAGGUAGUGUACAGCGGGUUUAUCAAAGCGUUUUGUUGUAAAGAGCUGCCUCAAGGGGCAGCAACGAGGUUGAUGAGAGCAGUAAGAGUAAACCAAAAAAACUUAAGUUGUGGGCCCGAAAACCCCAAAACAAUGGCCUGAAGGACUCUACUGUGGGUGAUAAUUAUCUGUCAUUUGAUAGUCAUUAGUCAUUUAAUCAAUCUUUGAUCUAUUUUAUUUAAUAGAAAAUAUUGAUUAUAUCAGCUCUAAAAAAAUAUAUUGGUCAUUUUUAAACAUAAAAAUGGGACACACACAUGACUCUUUGUUGUCAAAGUCAAACACAUUAAACAUCCUCCACUAUCUUGAACUCUACACUUUUUGCACUGGACGUAAAACGUGCAGAGGAACCUGCAGAAUCCUCAUGUAUGGAUGUAAUUCCUUAAGAACCUCAGAUUUCAUUACACACCACCCUGAUAAAUAUCCAUUAGAAACCUGUUUUUCCUGUGUACCUUCUAAGCAGCCACUGGCUUUCAUUCAUUCCCAUGCGUUGUGAAAAUCAAUUUGAAAUCUUAUUGUUUGGCAAACUUAUGAUUGUGUCGUACAUCUUCAUCGUACUUCUUUGAAUUAAUAUGCAUUUACAACAGCAUUACCACAUUACAGUAACAUUGACAACAAUUAAAGCACAUUUGAUCAUUUUCAUAAAUAAAUGAAUGGAACCCAAUGGCAGCAUGGAAAGUAUGACAAUUCAGAAAUCUAAAACACUACAGUAAGUUUUGAAAAUGAUUGCCAUUAAUAAACAGUAUACUUCCUUGGUAUCAUUUUAAAGGACUGAUAUGAUCCUUUAAAAUGAUCACACAAAAGCUCAUUUGAAACAGUGUGUGUGCCUAUGAUGGUUUGUUUGCUCUUCCUAAACCUGUAUUGACUGGCCGGCCACAGCAGGUUAGCGGAGACAGGAAAUGAUUGUUUCUCCCAGGAUGGUGUCGGUAGCACCGGUCAUUAUUGAUCCAAUCCCAAGUCGAUUAGCCCUGCGGACAUUUGAUUAAUAAAGGUUGAAACUGCAGUUUUUAAGGGUUUGUUUGACAGUGUGUCAUAUACAGUGAUGAAAGUUACUGAUAGAGCACCCUCACACAAAUUCUCCAAUGUCAGUCCUCACAUUUCCCCAGGUCUGGCUGUUUCAAACUACCUGGCGCGCUGCUUCUCUGUAUGGCCCGAAUCGUGUAAAGGAGUCACUUUAUGAAGUGAUGUUUUUGGCUUGUGUUACGUGUUACUGUUGUCCAGUUGACUUCUCUGUGUUUAUGUUGUCUAACAAUUCCCUGUCAGAAUUGUUGUGGUUUGUUGGUGUUUUAUUUUAUCUAUGGACUCGCCUUAAUGCAAAGGUCAACCAUGGACAAUGACUGGGUUUGGAAACACUGGCAAAAAGUGACCACUUAUUUAGAAAUCAUUUUUCAGUUAAAGGAUCAGGCUGGUGACAUUCUGUAUUUUAUUUAUUGUCAACAAUUAAGACCAAAACUAACAAUGUGUCAGUCUGUCUUACAGUAUUCUCUGACUUCCCGACCAUAUCUAUAUCUAUAUAUAUAUAUAUAUAUAUAUAUAUAUAUAUAUAUAUUCUGACUGAAGACAUACAUCUUUAAAAGGAGAUCAUUAAUAUAUAGUGUCAUUUUCUUUUAAGGAACAAUUUCCUAACACAGUUGGGGCACUGUAGUUUGCAGAAAACACUACUCAAACAGGACUAAAUGGUGCAUUUGUUGGGGACUAUUUCCAUGUGGAUUAAUACACAUUGGACAUCCUAUUGGGUAUUUAUGGCAGCAGUAGGUAUAGAACUUUAAACAACUGAAAGUGCUAAUGGUAAUCUUAAUGGAGGAAUAUGUCAAUGAGUGUGGCUCACUGAUGUGUUUUCACUAGUUUAUUGGACAACAGAAGAGUUCUAUAGCACAGAAAAAACAAGCUAAUAUCAGGCUUUGGCUGCUCAGACAAUACUUGUUAGUAGGAUCGAUUCAUUGUUGAUUUUGGUCUUUUCAAGCAAUUUGGUGGCAAUAAGAAAAAUCUAGUAUAACACCAGCCUUAUCCUUUAAGGUGGCAUAUUGGCCUUAUAGUUAGUCUUUAGAGUAAAGGGGACUUGAUCCCGGCAUGCAGCCAUAUCUGCUGAGAUACAGUAAGACACACUAAAUCCCAACCUGAUCCUGUCUCGUCCCUAAAGCAUUAAUAACAGCUGAGGGAUUUAUGAUUUGCCACCAAGGCGACGUCAGCUUCAAACUGAAUGGGGUGACUGCUGGUCUGAUGCUAUGCAAAGUGUCAGGCAAUCUCAUUGGACUUAAAUGUGAAUGUAAACUUUCCUCCUCGUCAAAUAAGCUUCAUAACGAGUGUGCCGUAGCUUAGGUUCAUUCACAAACCUGAACACACAAAAGAUUCUAUCAGCCGUUGAACUGGCACAUUUGUGGAUAAAUGUCGUAAAUUGCAAUGAUGAUGUAUUUUUGUGUGAUAAAUGUAUAUACCAAAAGCAUUGGAACAAAUUAGUCUACUUUUAAAUGCAGCAUUGAAAAUGAUGUUUGUUGAUAGGGAAAUACAGCUAUUUAUUUAUUCAUGCAGUGUCUAUAAGAGUAUAGUUGUAAACAUAUGUGAGGUCAGUUGAAUAAAUUAUAUUAUUUAGCACAGUCAUGGUUUUCUCUCUCCAUAUGUAUAUACUUGUACGUAGUAUUUUAAAUUUGACAUGUUUUGUGUGUGUGUGCGUGUGCGUGUGCGUGUGAAGGGUUUGAUCUAAGGGUUGCCAGCUACUUAGACGCAUCAAUCAAAACGCCCACCUCAGAAUCGUAUAACUGCCAAAACUGUCAGGGCUGUCAAUCUCUCUUUUUCACACACACAUACACACACACACACACACAACGUCACUGAUCCCAAUAUGACUAUGCCAGUC